CAAACUUUUGUUUUUGCUUUAUUCUCCUACAUUUUUCUUUAACAAAAUCAUGCAACCGAACACCGCCAUUCUUCGCGGAAUUAAAAAGAAAAAGGCUACACGUAGCUCCCCCUCGAGGUGCUGACUGAUAUUUCCCCCUCAUUUUACACACCAAAAACCAAAGUACACGAAAUCCAUAUCCGUUAUUAGGGUUCAAGAUCAUGCUUUGCUAGUUACACAUUUGUCAAUGGAAACUUCUUCUAAGAAGGUUGGGGUUUUGGUGCCUCUGAAUGCUAAUCUAGAGGAAGACACUUCGAAUUCAAUCCCUAGAGUUGAGAUUAGUAAAGGCAUUAACUUAUUAGGUCGCGAUGUUAUACCUAUCACUGACAAGAGACUAAGCCGUAAACAUGUCUCCGUUAUCGUCUCUGCUGAUGACUCUGCGGAAGUUCUUGUGGAAGGAACAAACCCAGUUGUGAUUAGAUCACAGGAUCAAAGGAAGAAGCUCUUAUCUGGACAAAAGCUAACAAUCAGAGAUGGUGAUAUAAUAGAACUAAUCCCUGGGCACUACUUAUUCAAAUAUAAAGCUCUUGAUGAUGUAAGAAAAAAGUCUUCCCCAAACAAACAGAAAAGACCUUUAACUGAAGGAGUUCAAGAUGAGCCACUUACUCAAAAGAGAUUAAGACAAGUUUCUGAAGAUGAGGCCCUUGCUAGAAGAUUACAGACUGAGCUGAAUGAAGAUACCCAAGAUACAAAGAACUCUGCUGAAGCAAUCCGCAAUUUCAAGCCCUCAGAAGAUAAAAUACCACAAACUUUUCGACUUAUGAAAGUCAAAGGUCUGCAACCAUGGGCUAAUACUAGUUCUGUAUCAAUUGCAGAUGUAAUUCAGGGGAAUGUGGUCAUUGCUGUUCUUUCAAACUACAUGGUUGACAUUGAUUGGUUGAUGUCAGCAUGUCCAAAUUUAAAGAAUAUUCCUCAUGUUCUGGUGGUUCAUGGAGAAAGUGAUGGCAGACAGGCGAAUAUGAAGAAACACAAACUUGAAAAUUGGAUUUUCCAUAAACCUUCUUUACCAAUAGCAUGGGGGACACAUCAUUCGAAAGCUAUGUUUCUGGUGUAUCCUGAAGGAGUAAGAAUUAUUGUUCAUACAGCAAACUUAAUCUAUGUUGAUUGGAAUAACAAAAGCCAGGGUCUAUGGAUGCAAGAUUUCCCAUUGAAGAAUCAAGAUUGUUUGAAUAAAGGAAGUGGUUUUGAAACUGACCUCAUUGACUAUCUUAGUGCAUUGAAGUGGCCUGAGUUUUCUGUGAAGCUUCCAGAACUGGGCAACAUCAGCUUCAACUCCUCUUUCUUUAAAAGAUUUGAUUACAGCAGUGCAACGGUGAGGUUAAUAGGUUCUGUGCCUGGGUAUCAUACAGGUUCAAACAUUAAGAAAUGGGGACACAUGAAGCUAAGAUCGAUUCUACAGGAUUGUGUUUUUGAUAAAGAAUUCCAAAACUCUCCCCUUAUUUAUCAGUUCUCAUCCUUGGGUUCUUUAGAUGAGAAGUGGAUGUCUGAAUUUGCAUUCUCAAUGUCAUCAGGAGUUUCAGAUGAUAAUAAAAAGCCUCUUGGCCUUGGGGACCCUUUAAUUGUAUGGCCCACUGUUGAAGAUAUCAGAUGCUCUCUAGAGGGUUAUGCUGCAGGGAGCUGUGUUCCAAGCCCUCAAAAGAACGUAGAGAAGCCAUUUUUGAAGAAAUAUUGGGCAAAAUGGAAAGCAACCCACACUGGUCGCUGUCGUGCGAUACCUCAUAUAAAGACAUUUACUCGUUAUAAUGGUCAAAACCUUGCAUGGUUUUUGCUGACUUCAGCAAACCUCAGUAAAGCUGCCUGGGGGGCUCUUCAGAAAAACAAUACACAGCUCAUGAUUCGUUCAUAUGAGCUUGGUGUGCUGUUUUUACCAUCUUCAACCAUACAUGCUCAUGCGUUUUCUUGUACAGAAAACCGGACCCCAUCAGAGAAUGUUCACGUCUCAUCUUCAAAAACACAUGAAGAAAAAAGAACAAAGCUAGUAACAUUGUCUUCAUUACAUACCAACAAAAUGUCGGAUGUCAUCACCUUACCAGUGCCUUAUGAACUCCCUCCUCAACGUUACUCUUCAGAAGAUGUUCCUUGGUCUUGGGAUCGACAAUAUAAGAAGAGGGAUGUUUUUGGUCAAGUUUGGCCUUGAAAAGCUCUGUUGAAUUUGAAUUUGAAUUUGUAAGUAUGUCUACGUUUAUUUUCUUCAUUUGAGAACAUGAAAAUAUUGGGGUUU